GCACAAAAACACCACGAGCUGCAACAAACCUGCAACAAACCUGCAGCACGUGGAGGAGAGCCCGAGGAGCCGAGAGCCGAGAGCAGAGAGAAGAGAGCAAAGAGAAGAGAGCCGAGAGAAGAGAGCAAAGAGCAAAGAGAAUAGAGAAUAGAGCCGAGAGCCAAAACACAGACCCAAGAGCCGAGAGCGACGAGUCCAUCUUAAUCUGUGAUUAUAAAACUGUUGGCGGCAGAGGUCAUAGGUCAGUCUGUGCUCAUCCCCGUCUGACCACCUCCACUGACACAACCUGGACAAACACCUCCACUGCUCCACAUCACCUCCAGACCUCCUCCACACCUCCUCCACUGCUCCUCCACCCUGAGCACCGCCAUGUCCUCAUCCGGGAACCAGGUGAAGAGCGUCCCGAUCCCCACGCGCGUCCUGACCCUCAAGGACUGGUCCCAGCUGCCGGACUGUUACAGCCAGACUCCAGGAGGGACUCUGUUCUCCACCACACCCGGAGGCACCCGCAUCAUCUACGACAGGAAGUUUCUGUUGGACUGUAGAAACUCGCCCAUCGCCCGGACCCCCCCGUGCUGUCUGCCCCAGAUCCCAGGGGUCACAGUACCAGCCACACACCCCCUGGGCAAACUGCAAGAGCUAAAGGAAGAGGAAGAGGAAGAGAAAGAGAUUCCAGACGAUAGUCAGUUCGACAUGGACAUUUGAGCGACCGUACUGCCUCCUGUGGAGAGUCACACAAACACCUCCUUGGUCAUUUUGACCAUUACAUGUAAAGCAUUUUCACUUUUUUAAUAAAAAGCUUUUGUGAGGAACCAAAUGGAAAACUCAGGGUGUUUUGGACCCUGGGAUGUAUUUAGCAAAUAAAUAGCAUUAACUCAGUUGAUUGGUUGCUCACUUACUUCAGUGUUGCAGGAUUUGGGACAAAUCUGUUUUGAUUUCAUUUUUUUUAUCUUUUGUAAAUAGUGAAAUUGUUUACAACCUGUUUUUUUUAAGUUGGGAUCUGGGCAAAUGACAGAAUGUGAAGUAUGUUUAGUUUGAUUCCCUCAGAGGGAGGAGCUGUAGAAGGCCACGGUCUCUGACUGUGGGGGGUUUGAGGGGCGGGGGUCACAGGCUGUGGGGGUCACGGGCCUCUCCCUUUACAGUCUCUCCCUGUGGGGGGGGUACAGUCUCUGGCUGUGGGGGGUUUAGGGCCUGCAGUAAACUAAGGGUUUGUUUUGUUGGAUGUGAAUAAUUUGAAAUAAAGAUUAUUCCAUCAUGGCC